CGGCCGGGACCUGGAGGCGGUGCGCGAGGCGGGUGCGGUUCAGUCGGUCGGCGGCGGCAGCGGGGAGGAAGAGGAUGUGGGCCACGCACGGGCUGGCGGUAGCGCUGGCUCUGAGCGUGCUGCCGGGCAGCCGGGCGCUGCGACCGGGCGACUGCGAAGUUUGUAUUUCUUAUCUGGGAAGAUUCUACCAGGACCUCAAAGACAGAGAUGUCACAUUUUCACCAGCUACUAUUGAAAAAGAACUUAUAAAGUUCUGCCGCGAAGCAAGAGGCAAAGAGAAUCGGUUGUGCUACUACAUUGGGGCCACAGAUGAUGCAGCCACCAAGAUCAUCAAUGAGGUCUCAAAGCCCCUGGCCCACCACAUCCCUGUGGAGAAGAUCUGUGAGAAGCUCAAGAAGAAGGACAGCCAGAUCUGUGAGCUGAAGUAUGACAAGCAGAUUGACCUGAGCACCGUGGACCUUAAGAAGCUCCGAGUCAAAGAGCUGAAGAAGAUACUGGAUGACUGGGGGGAGACCUGCAAAGGCUGUGCAGAAAAGUCUGACUACAUCCGCAAGAUAAAUGAACUGAUGCCUAAACAUGCCCCCAAGGCAGCCAGUGUUCGGACUGAUUUGUAGUCUACUCGAUUCCUGUUGCACCUGAGGGGAAAAAACAGUUCAGCUGUCUUCCCAAAACAGCCUUUUUGUAAUUUAUUUUUUAAGCAGGCUCCUGACAAUACUGUAUCAGAUGUGAAGCCUGGAGCUUUCCUGAUGAUGCUGGCUCUAUGGUGCCCCCGUGAGGGGAUUCAUUUCCUUCUGUUGCUGGUUUACUCUAGGACUUCAGUGUGUCUAGGAUUUUUUUAUUAAAGGAAAAAAAUUUUAGCUGCC